GUGUGUGUGUGUGUGUGUGUGUGUGUGUGUGUUUAGUUAGCUGGCACGAUAUGCUUCCCCAGGGUUGUGUUUCCUUUUUCCUGAGAUUUGGCUAAGGGUAAAGGGUCGGAGUCACAUGGAUUGAAAGCAUUUGAUUGAUGUCCAAGUCACCGCUGUGGCUGGCGGAGCCGCCUCCCCUCGGGCUGGGGCCGCGUGAGGCCAGAGCGUCGGGCCGAGCCGGGCUCCCGCUCUCCCGGGAGUGUCCCGCCCGGUGCCCCGCGCCUCCCGCGCGCGGCGCGCCGCAGCCCGAGCACCCUCCUCCGCCCACGCCCCGGCCGCCUCCUCCUCCUCCUCCUCCGGCCAGCAUGUGAAGCGGCGCGCUCCGGCUCGGACUCGGCGGAGGCUGCAACUUUGCGGGCGGCAGCGGAGGCGUCGGGCGCGGGGCAGCUCGCUCGCUCCCCUCCACACCCCCCACCCCCGGCCCCGCGUCCCUCCGGCCACCAUGAGCGACGAGAGCGCCAGGGACGCGGACAAGCAGCUCCGCCUGCGCGUGUGCGUGCUCAGCGAGCUGCAGAAGACCGAGCGCGACUACGUGGGCACCCUGGAGUUCCUGGUGUCGGGAGUGACUGCUCCAGUGACUGAAGAGGGUGAAGACAUGCUGGGUGCUAAGAAAAGAGGAAAAGGGACGCAGUGCGUCAGAAGAAGCAUCCUGACCCGUACUGCCUUCUUGCACCGAAUGAACCAGUGUGCAGCAGCAAAGCUUGACAAAAAUGUGACGGAGGAAACAGUGAAGAUGUUAUUCUCCAAUAUUGAGGAGAUCCUUGCCGUACACAGAGAAUUCUUGAAAGUUGUGGAAGAAUGCUUGCAUCCCGAACCCAAUGCUCAGCAGGAAGUAGGAACCUGCUUCCUUCACUUUAAAGACAAGUUUCGUAUCUAUGAUGAAUAUUGCAGCAACCACGAAAAGGCACAAAAACUGCUUCUUGAACUGAACAAAAUAAGAACAAUCCGGACGUUUCUUUUGAACUGCAUGCUGCUUGGAGGACGGAAGAACACAGACGUUCCCCUGGAAGGAUACUUAGUGACUCCUAUCCAGAGAAUAUGCAAGUACCCUCUUCUUUUGAAGGAAUUAUUGAAGCGGACCCCACGGAAACACAGUGACUACGCAGCAGUGAUGGAAGCCCUCCAAGCCAUGAAAGCGGUUUGUUCCAACAUUAAUGAGGCUAAGAGACAGAUGGAGAAACUGGAAGUUUUAGAAGAGUGGCAGUCACACAUCGAAGGCUGGGAGGGGUCCAGCAUUACUGACACCUGCACGGAGAUGCUGAUGUGUGGAGUCCUGAUGAAAAUUUCUUCUGGAAAUAUUCAAGAGCGGGUGUUUUUUCUUUUUGAUAAUCUUUUGGUAUACUGCAAAAGAAAACACAGACGGCUGAAGAACAGUAAGGCCUCCACAGACGGACACCGGUACAUCUUUCGAGGUCGGAUCAAUACUGAGGUGAUGGAAGUGGAAAAUGUGGAUGAUGGCACAGCUGACUUUCACAGCAGUGGGCAUAUUGUUCUGAAUGGGUGGAAGAUCCACAACACAGCAAAGAAUAAAUGGUUUGUCUGCAUGGCCAAAAGCCCUGAAGAAAAGCACGAAUGGUUUGAAGCUAUUUUGAAAGAAAGAGAACGCCGGAAAGGUUUGAAAUUAGGAAUGGAACAAGACACCUGGGUAAUGAUCUCUGAGCAGGGUGAGAAACUGUAUAAAAUGAUGUGCAAACAGGGAAAUCUGAUCAAAGACAGAAAAAGGAAACUGACUACAUUCCCUAAAUGCUUCCUGGGAAGUGAGUUUGUGUCAUGGCUGCUGGAAAUUGGAGAGAUUCACAGGCCUGAAGAAGGAGUUCACCUUGGACAAGCCUUGUUAGAUAAUGGGAUCAUCCACCAUGUUACCGAUAAGCAUCAGUUCAAGCCAGAGCAAAUGCUGUACCGAUUCCGCUAUGACGAUGGUACAUUUUACCCGAGGAGUGAGAUGCAAGAUGUGAUCUCAAAGGGUGUAAGACUGUAUUGUCGUCUUCAUAGCCUCUUUACCCCAGUGGUCAGAGAUAAAGAUUACCAUUUAAGAACCUACAAGUCUGUCGUCAUGGCCAACAAAUUGAUAGACUGGUUAAUUGCACAGGGUGAUUGCCGUACCAGGGAAGAGGCAAUGAUAUUCGCUGUCGGACUCUGCGACAAUGGAUUUAUGCACCAUGUCCUUGAAAAGAGUGAAUUCAAAGAUGAGCCUCUACUUUUCCGCUUUUUUGCCGAUGAGGAAAUGGAAGGAUCAAAUAUGAAACACAGGCUUAUGAAACACGACUUGAAGGUUGUGGAGAAUGUCAUAGCUAAGUCGCUGUUGAUUAAAUCCAAUGAAGGCAGCUACGGCUUUGGGCUGGAAGAUAAAAAUAAAGUUCCAAUAAUAAAGUCAGUGGAAAAGGGGUCUAAUGCUGAGAUGGCUGGCAUGGAAGUUGGGAAGAAGAUUUUUGCUAUUAAUGGUGACCUGGUUUUCCUGAGACCUUUCCAUGAAGUCGAUUGCUUCCUCAAAUCAUGCUUAAAUAGCAGAAAGCCGCUGAGAGUCUUAGUGAGCACAAAGCCAAGAGAGACAGUCAAGAUCUCAGAUUCUGCGGAUGGGCUUGGGUUCCAGAUCAGAGGCUUCGGCCCUUCUGUUGUGCAUGCAGUGGGAAGAGGUACCGUGGCUGCAGCAGCUGGCCUUCACCCAGGACAGUGUAUUAUCAAAGUAAAUGGAAUCAAUGUCAGCAAAGAGACACAUGCCAGCGUCAUCGCACACGUGACAGCCUGCCGGAAGUACAAGCGUCCAAUGAAGCAAGAUUCCAUACAGUGGGUUUAUGAUAGCCUUGAGAGUGCUCAGGAAGACCUCCAGAAGUCCCACUCAAAGCCCCCCGGAGACGAGGCGGGGGAUGCUUUUGACUGCAAAGUAGAAGAAGUCAUCGACAAGUUCAGCACCAUGGCCAUCCUGGACGGCAAGAAGGAGCACGUGAGCCUGACAGUGGACAACGUCCACCUGGAGUACGGGGUUGUGUAUGAGUACGACAGCACGGCGGGCACUAAGUGCAACGUUGUCGAGAAGAUGGUGGAGCCCAAAGGGUUCUUCAGCCUCACCGCCAAGAUUCUGGAAGCCCUAGCCAAAAGUGAUGAGUGUUUCGCACAAAACUGCACCAGCCUUAAUUCUUUGAAUGAAGUGAUAGCUGCUGACCUUCAGAAUAAAUUCAGCACCAUGUGCAGUGAAAGGAUUGAACACGUACAUCACAGGAUAUCCAGCUAUAGAAAGUUCUCCCGAGUGCUGAAGAACAGAGCCUGGCCCACCUUUAAGCAGGCCAAACCUAAGAUCUCCCCACUGCACAGCAGUGAUUUCUGCCCGACCAACUGCCAUGUCAAUGUGAUGGAAGUUUCUUACCCUAAAACAUCAACUUCCCUGGGGAGUGCCUUUGGAGUGCAGCUGGAUAGUAGGAAACAUAGUCAUCAUGAUAAAGAAAAUAAACCUGUAGAGCCAGGGAAACUGAACCCCAUGGUAUAUAUUCAACACACAAUCACAACCAUGGCGGCCCCUUCCGGCCUGUCACUGGGACACAAAGAUGGCCAUGGCCUCCGAUACUUGUUGAAAGAAGAAGACUUAAAAACUCAGGACAUCUAUCAGAAGCAUCUGGGCAAGCUCCAGGCUGCAAUGAAGGAGGUGGAGAUAUGUGUUUGUCAAAUAGAUGACCUUCUGUCAUCAAUAACAUAUUCUCCCAAACUGGAGCGCAAGACAGCAGAGUGUGUGACAGCAACAGACAGCGACAAUGAGAAGGGAGAGAGAAAUAGCAAACGUGUCUGUUUCAAUGUAGCAGGAGAUGAGCAAGAAGAUUCGGGUCACGACACAGUCAGCAACAGAGACUCUUACAGCGACUGCAACAGCAACAGGAAUUCCAUUGCCUCCUUCACGAGUAUCUGUAGCAGCCAGUGCAGUUCCUACUUCCACAGUGAUGAGAUGGACUCAGGCGAUGAGCUUCCUGUCAGUGUCCGAAUAUCUCGUGAUAAACAGGAUAAGAUACACACUUGUCUGGAGCAGCUUUUCAGCCAGAUGGAUUCAAUAACCAACCUCUUGAAAGGGCAAGCUGUUGUAAGGGCGUUUGAACAAACCAAGUAUUUCACACCAGGCCGAGGAUUGCAAGAAUUCCAACAGGAAAUGGAGGCCAAGCUCAGCUGCCCCAGGAGGUUGAGGCUUCACCUCAAGCAGGAUCCUUGGAACCUUCCCAGUGGCGUCCGGGCCCUCGCACAGAGCAUCCGAAAAUGUGUUGAAGAGGUGAAGUGUCGGAUCCUGCUGGCCCUCCUUGAAUACUCAGAUAGUGAAACCCAGCUCCGGAGAGACAUGGUUUUCUGCCAGAGUCUCGUGGCGACUGUCUGUGCCUUCUCUGAGCAGCUCAUGGCUGCCCUGAACCAGAUGUUUGACAACAGCAAGGAAAAUGAAAUGGAGACUUGGGAAGCCAGCAGAAGGUGGCUGGACCAGAUUGCGAAUGCAGGUGUUCUUUGUCACUACCAGUCACUUCUCUCACCAAAUCUGAAAGAUGAACAAGCCAUGCUAGAGGAUACGCUGGUUGCUCUGUUUGACCUGGAGAAAGUUUCCUUCUUUUUCAGACCAUCAGAAGAGGAGCCCCUAGUAGCAAAUGUACCUCUUACAUACCAGGUGGAAGGAAGCCGGCAGGCUCUGAAAGUUUACUUCUAUAUUGAUACUUACCAUUUUGAGCAACUGCCCCAACGACUGAAGAAUGGAGGAGGGUUUAAAAUUCAUCCUGUUCUCUUUUCCCAAGCAUUGGAGAGCAUGGAAGGAUAUUUCUAUAGAGACAACAUUUCCGUGGAAGAGUUUCAAGCGCAGAUAAACACAGCCUCCCUGGAAAAGGUCAAACAGUACAAUCAGAAGCUCAGGGCAUUCUACUUGGACAAGUCAAAUACACCGCCAAAUGCCACCUCCAAAGCUGCCUACAUAGAUAAGCUCAUGAGGCCCCUCAAUGCUUUAGAUGAACUUUACCGGCUGGUCACCUCGUUCAUCAGAUCCAAGCGCAUCGCUGCCUGCGUGAACACGCCUUGCAGCGCCUCCGGAGUUGGGCUGCUGUCGGUGUCCUCGGAGCUGUGCGACAGGCUCGGCGCCUGUCACAUCAUCAUGUGCAGCAGUGGCGUGCACCGGUGCACCCUGAGCGUGACGCUGGAGCAGGCCAUCAUUCUAGCCAGGAGCCACGGGCUGCCUCCUCGGUACAUUAUGCAGGCCACUGACGUGAUGAGGAAGCAGGGUGCAAGAGUUCAGAACACAGCUAAGAACUUGGGGGUUAGAGACCGGACUCCUCAGUCAGCUCCGAGACUCUACAAGCUGUGUGAACCCCCACCCCCAGUUGGAGAAGAAUGAACAUUCAAAAGAGCGACCCAGACAGAAGCUUCCAGAAGCUGACCAAGUCAACAUUCUCCACUGAAGAUAAAGAAAUAUGUAUCUAAGAUGUAACCUUUCCCCAUGGUGUAAAUAACUGAUGUUUGGUUUCUCCUUGGAUAUUCAUGUUGGAACCGGCAGUUCAUUCAGACAGUUCAGGCCCACACUAUGUGUAUUAAUUAGCAUUACAGAUUCAUCCUGGGGUAAAAUUCACUGCUCAGAUUUAUAGAAAAAUAGACAGAGGUAAAAGUUUAACUAUUUUGGUCCUUUUCUCAUUCAUUAAUUGUACUGUAUUUGUUUUUUAACUUUCCCAGUGGACACAUGUAAUACUUGAUAGUUUUUCUUGAAGGAGUCUGUCACUAGAAAUGACAGCCACACUCUGGAAACCAUCAUACAGAAAUGUCAAGGACAGUGUAGGUGGGUAGGUUCAGGUGCCUCAUCUCCCUCCUGCACCACAGAGGUGCAUGUGUGGGAGGCAGGAAGUCCACGCCUCCCUUUUUUCCAAGGCUUCGUAGCAGCGAAGAAAGCUGUGGGGUCUUAGUGAGACUUCCUUCACUGUCGUCAAGUUUACUCUCUGCGCGUGAAAACACUCCAGCAGGCAGGUGCUUUUCGUGAUCUCUGCAAUGAGCCAUGAAUACUGGGCAAUGUACCAUUGAUGGUUGCAAGUAGGGAGUUGCCAGGGUUGGAAAAGUGAGAGGAGUGAGCAAGAAAGGAACAAAAAAACAACACCAAACAAACAACAACAAAAACAAAACAAAACAAAACAAAAAAAAAAAACAAGCCUAUUUGAAAAUCCAAACUUUAAUGGAGAAAGAUAAACUCUCGAUUUUAUGAAAUCUUCUGAUAAGAUAUCAGACCCUUAAAAUAAUACACCACCACGGGUAUUUUUUUUAUCAAGGUAUAUGUGUAAGAUGUGAAAAUAGAUGUAUUUGUUGUGCUUCAAUGGGCCAUUAGGAAAGAAUAUUGAUAAUUUAUGGAACCAAGGUAUAGCCUGUAUUGAUUCUAAAUGUCCAAUGUUUAUUACUUCUGUGUUGAUAUACAAACAUUGUAUUUAGCACCGCAAAUAGAUUAAUAUUGGUUUUAAAUAUAUAAUUUUAAAAGAAAUUAAAACAUCCUUACUGUGAUUAUGCUAGAGUCAUGCUUUGUGUAGUGAUAAGGAUAAAUUGCGCCUUCAGGUGAUAUUAUCAUUGUAUAGACGUCAUGGAGUGCACGAGCUAAGAUGGCUAUGGCCUCAUUAGAUGGCAUGACCUAUGGAACCAUCUCCUAUAGGCUGACCAUCACUGACCCAACCCCAGUGUGCAGCACAGGACUCUGUAUGGAUAUAUGCUAAGAACAUGAAUUCCUUACCAUAACUACAGUUUUGGGAGAACAUUAGUCAGUUUGUCUUUAUAAAUCUCAUUAUGACUUUCAGACAACCAUUAAAAGCCAUCUUUACUGCCAGUGAUAUAUUGAAUUUAAAAGUGUGUUACAAAGGUAUGGGAUAUAUGUAUCCUACUAGUUAAGGUAAAAAUUAUUUGGCACAGAGCACUUGAGAUUGUUUUCAGUCAGUCUGUAUGUGAUUAAUCAUAGGGAAAGUAACAUCAGUUUCUAAAGAAAAUCCUUAGUAUUUUGAACUUAAUGACAAUAUGACACAUACUUGCAUAUUUUAUGACAUGCACUCAUAACUUUCAGGAAAUUAACAUUUUUGCUACCAUCAGCACACAAACGUGAUGCUAUGGUAAUUCAGGCUGCCUCUAUGAAAGUCUUGAGAGUGAGGAGAACUAACUGACUGACUGAAUGAUUGAAUGACCGACUGACCGACUGACCGACUGACCGACUGACCGAGUAUACAGACCAUUCAUGCUGCUUUACUGUUCUCCAUUCCCCAUCCUGGCAGGAAGUCACCACAGAGGCAUGGAAGGGCUACAGAGCAUGGGUACAUCUCAUGGAGUGUGUUAUCUGCUUUUGCAGUAUUUAUAAGUUGGUGUAUUUUAAGGAUCCACUCUCUAUAACAGAAUGUAACUUUUUGAUUAAUGUUAUUUUUUGAGUUAAACAUAUUAUCUGUGUACACAGCACUUACUAACUUUAAACAUUUGCUGGUGGUUUAUAGUAACACCAGUGACUGUAAUUCUCAUCAUAAUAAAGUCGUAGCUGACCUGGUUUAGUGUGUACUAAAUGGCACCACUGAUUGCCUAGCCCACAUUUUGCUCUUCCUUCUUCACAUAGCCUCACAGCAGUGAUGAAAGAUGUUUUAUCACCUACACUUCAUAGUUGAGCUGAAGCAGAGACUAAUACAGUAACCUGUGCAAGCUCACUUGGCGAACAUGAGCAUGUGGGAGUCAGAGAUGAACACCCAUCUUUAUGAAUCGCACUGCUUUUCUUUAUUAAUGUGAGAGCCAUUGUAAUAUCAAUGAUUAUUUUCCUACUAAGGCUGGGGCUUUAUGACAUGUGUUGUCAUUUGAUUAUACAAACUAUAUUGCAAAAUCAAGUGGGAACAUGCAAAAUACCUUUCAGCUACAGGGUCUUCUGGGCAUUUCCCAUUCAUAACUGAAGAGGCCACACAUGUAUUGCAAGCCAGGAGUAGGACGACGGUAUACAAAAUUUGACUAUAAUUCCCAAACAGUGGUAACACUUAAUAAUUUCUGAUCAAUGAGCGGUCUUUUUUUUCAAUGCUAUAUUACAUACCUCCUUUUGACAUUGGGAUUUUAGGCCACUCUUGCUUUCAUGCUGCACUCUCCUCUGUAGCCAGUGUUUAUUGACAAGCCACUGAAAAAGCCUGCUUACCAUUCUUCCAACUUCUGUAUGUGGACAUGGGCUACCGUUUACCCCACUAAGAGAGUUCAGAUCUUAUCAUGGGACCUGAAUCGUAACUACUAUCUUACAGGUUCUUCUCAUUGUUUUCUAACAUUACAAAAUUUAAUUUUGUAAAAAAAAAAAAAAAAAAAAACAAAAAAAGUGAAGAUUUGAAGACUGAAAAUACAUGUAUUUCUUAUCUAGAGAGAAAGAUAGAGGAUGAGAACUGUCGUCUAGGUUUCUUUGGCAGGGUAUGUAAUGCUGAGUUUCUCCCGUAAACCAGGAUCCACAUCUGUAGGCUCAUGGGACUUUCUUUCUGGUGUUUUUCAGUUGUCAUCAAUUCCCUGUAUAUUAACUGGCUACUCUUCUUGAAGAACGAUGUCCAAUUAAAAAGGAAGAUAGGUCUUGGAACAUGGCACGGUGGUUGAACACUUGCCCAGCACAUGUGAAGUCAUAUGUUAAACCAUGUUGGCUUUCCUUUAAGCCAAAGGUGGCUCACACCUCUAAUCCCAGUGGUUGGAGGAGACCGAGGCAGUAGGAUUGCCAGAUGUUCAAGGGCAUCCUGUGCUACAUACUGAAUGUGAGGCCAGUCUGAACUACAGUGUGAGACACUGCACACACACACACACACACACACACACACACACACACACACACACUACAGUGCAUGCUGCGUGGAAAUGGCACUAUUUCUGGCUCUAUUGAUUUUAACUCUGAAUUGUUCAAUUCUGAAUGAAAUGAAGUUGACCCUGUGCUAACUUUAACAGUGUAGAGAUCAAUGAGAAACAAAUCCAAGAGCAGGCAUUAGCUAACUUAAGCAAACAAUGUCCUGUCCUGAGCACAUAGACUUUAUAGGCAAGGUAUGUAUCUACUUUUUGGAAGCUUUGGGUUGAGAAUAGAUUUUUCCAUGGAUUUAUAGCAAGUGCAAGUCUAUCUCAAACUGUCAAGUAUUCUUACCCAAAUCUAAGCAGCCAUAGUCGUACGUUAAACGAAUCACCACACCUUAACAGGUGUUUUCUCAUCCUUUUGAGUUUUUAUAAAAUCAGAAUAUUAGAAAUUCAAAGGGAUAACAUUGCUUUUUAACUCCUUUGUCCUUUUAAAUUUUUUUGAAAAUGAUUCUUGACUUUCUACACUGGUGAUAUUACAGUCAAACUACUGAAGCUUAAUGUCUGGCUGCCCUGCUCCUGAGUUUUAGGAAACUUUAACUUUUAAAGUCUUCUUUCUAUGCGAUUUUUUCCUCUGUCACACUGUAGUUUAAUGAUUCUUCCUUAGCCAUUUAUAAUUUCAUUAACACACAUACGUUCCAGUUACGUAAAACAUCAUGCUUUUGUGGGUCUGGAGUUUUGGGGAGCACCUGAUGAAAAAUCUAUACUCUGAAGAAGAGGUGGGGAAAAUGUAAGUGGUAUUUUUACCAAGAAUGGCCUCUGCAUAGCAAUUUUACAAAAUGGCCGCCAUUUUACUAGGUGCUGCAUUUCCAUGCUGGGCGUAGUAGUUACAGAAUCACUCAGUACCUUAAUGAUCUGCUCUCAUCAAUGUUGUCAGCAUUCAUGUUGCGGAGCACCCCCUGGCCUGUGUGUGAAUCUCUUAGUUGUGACCUAGUGGGAAGUCAGCCUCACUCAGAACAGUUUAUUCUCUCACUGGGAGAGAUAACUAAGUCUGCUAAAUGAUAUACAGAUACGUGUAUGUGUGUGUCCUUACAUAUCAUAUCAACUACUUUUUAUUUUUGUCAAAAUUAAUUAUAAAAAUUAGAUUUCAGUGUCUUAGUUGCAUGAAAAUAUGAAACAGAGUUUAUGAUGGAUGCUACGAUGUCUGCUGUAGACAUCAGUACUAAUUAGUACUGUAGUUGUGCCUGGUUGGGUGUCUUUGGCUCUCUGAUGUUCAUUUGCUAUUUGUAUGAGUCAACUUUUUUGUUUUCUGUCGUCACUGUGACAACUUAGCUGAGAUAAUUGGCUUACAAAGAGAAAAGUUUUUUUGGGGGGGUUGUUUGUUUGUUUGUUUUUGUUUUUUUGGCUUAUAGUAGUGGAGGUUCUAGUCCACAAUCAAUUGAACCCCAACAGGAGAGGAUAGAACAACUACUUUGCUCAGCAUCCACAUCUCAAAGAUGAGUAAAAGACUUUGGACCCACAGUCUUUCAAAUGCAGCCUUCCACAGACACAGGAACCCCCUAUGGGCCUUCCCCUAGACAUUUCACCGUCUCCCAAGAGCACCAUGCUGGGGAUUGUGUCCUUAGCACAGGGACAUUUGAGUGAUACAUCAGGCUCCAGACUGCAUCACUAUCCAGUCAAACCGAAAUCUACUUACCUGAAAUUUUAAAUGAUAGUUACUAGAAAUACUGGUAAUACCAGAAAUAACAUAGAUUGGGUAGUUAAUUUUAGGUGCAGACAAUGAUAACUAUUAUCCACUCAUAUAGUCAUUCAAUAGAUGUUUUAAAAAUCAUUUAAAAAGCCCCAACCAGAGUUGAGUGUAUUGGAUGUAUUUAAUUUUUUAAAAAAAUCUUCAUAGGAUCUCUGUAUCCCUAUGUAUACAAAGGUCACUUGUAUCUUUUACAUAAAAAUUAUAUUAUUCAUAAGAUAAAUCUAUUCUAAUGCCAUAUGUGUAUUAUAUACUAUAUAGUCAAGAAUAUUAAGUUGUUGAAAUAUUUAGAAAGCAUACAUUUGAAUUUAAAUAUCUAAUGUCUCAAGCAAAUAUAUUAGUUUCAGAAGAAUAUAUAUUUUUGUAACUGCAAGACUAUUAGCAGCCCAUAGCCUUUGCUUAAAAAUAUUUUUGUAAGCAUUCACUUACACAGUACUCAUUUUAAUAGUAAAAUAUCACACUGAUUCUCUAAAAGUAACUGUUUUGACUGUGUAUUUAAUAUUAUAUAACAUCCAAAAUUCAAUGACAAAAUUUAUCUAAAUGUAUUAUUAGCUUUUUUUUUUCUUUUGUAAAAUACCCAUGUAACAUAGUCUCAAUCAUUACAUAUUUUGUGUAUGGUUAAAUUUGUUAAAGUUCAUUAUAUAUUUUAUAUCAUUUAUUUUUGCCCACAUAAAAGAUUGGUAUAAUAAUGUUGUAUGACGAGUGUCAAAAAAUAAUAAAGUGAAUUAUAGUAUGCGCUUAAA